AAAAAAAAUAGUAGGGAAGCCUUCUCUCGCUCGUCUUUGAAGCAAUGUAGUGGAAAGGAGAACAGGGGGAUCUCCGAGCGCCCGGAGAAGGGUGGGGGGUGGCCGCUCGAGGAGCAUCGCCGCACGGACAUGAGCGCCCGAAAAGUGUCUCUUUUUGCCAUUUGAGGAUGGACCCCGCGGAGGCGUUGGUGUUCUCCUUGGUGCUGGUCAUCAUCGUGGUGUCGUUGCUGUCCAACGCGCUGGUGCUGAUCUGCUUCGCGUACAGCCCCGAGAUCCGCAAGCAGGCUCCGGGGCUCUUCAACCUCAACCUGACCUUCUGCAACCUGUUGCUCACCGUGGCCAACAUGCCGCUGACGCUGGCCGCCCUGGCGAGCCGCGCGCAGCCCGGCGGCGACGCCUUGUGCCAGGCGGCCGGCUUCCUGGAGACCUUUCUGUCCACCAACUCCAUGCUGAGCAUGGCGGCGCUCAGCAUCGACCGCUGGGUCGCGGUGGUCUUCCCGCUCCGCUACCACUCCAAGAUGCGCCACCGGGACGCCGCCCUGGUAUUGGGCUACACUUGGGCGCACUCCAUCAGCUUUUCCACGGCCGCCACUUGCCUCUCGGCGCUGGGCUACCACCGCCUUUACGCCGCCUGCACGCUGGCCGCGCCGCGGGAGCGGGCGAGCGGACGCACGCAGUUCGUCGUCUUCACGGUCCUCUUCCACGCGUUCAGCUUCCUGCUGUCCUUCAUCGUGCUGUGCGUCACUUACCUCAAAGUGCUCAAAGUGGCCCGCUUUCACUGCAGGAGGAUCGACGUCAUCACCAUGCAAACUCUGGUGCUACUCGUCGACAUUCACCCCAGUGUUCGACAACGUUGCCUGGAGGAGCAGAGGCGGCGGAGGCAGCGAGCCACCAAGAAGAUCAGCACCUUCAUCGGCACCUUCAUGCUCUGCUUCGCUCCUUACGUCAUCACAAGGAUCGUGGAGUUGUUCCCGGCGGUGCCCAUCAGCCCCCACUGGGGCGCGGUGUCCAAGUGCUUGGCGUACAGCAAGGCGGCGUGCGACCCCUUUGUCUACUCGCUGCUGCGCUACCAGUACCGCAAGACCUGCGGCGACAUCGUGGAUCGGCUGCUUAAACGCCACCGCUCCUCAAACGAGUCGAGGCCGAGCCCAGAGGGUCGAGGUCUCAGUUUACCCCGGGUGGAGUGACGACGAGGAACUGCCGUGGACUACGUGCACGAGCGCCUGGUGGAGUCAAGGGUAGCUAUACUGGAUCUUCCAGCACGUGACUUGAGUGAAUUAUUUAUCGAAGAGUGAUACGUAGCACUGAACGUUCCCGAUCAAGUGAUUUGAUCGUACUCAAGUGCAUCUUAAUCCGGAUGAUUUCAGCUACAAGGACUUUUAUUACUCUACAAGUGGAUGGAAAAUCCCAAUUGUGUUUAUUUUAUGUUUCCACUGAUUGUACUUUGUGACCCAUUUUUGGCCCACAUUUGACCCCAACCCACCCCCCCACCCCCAAUACAAGAACGAUUUUCGUCGAUGUAUGUAACCCAACACAGUAACAAAAUUAAAAUAACUAAACGGCACUUCCGGAGCAAAGGGGCACGUGCCUGUCCCUAAGGGUCACAUAAGUAGCCGGAAAAUAGUCAGUGGUGAUGGGAUAUUGUGAUUUCCUAGGAAUGUUGUAGACGUGAUCCUUUGAAAAGAGAGAUUUCUAGAAAUACAGUGUUGCAUAUUGAUAUUUACCGGUUCCUAAUUAUUGCUGAUAAUUAUCAAGAAAUGAUGAUCGGUGUCUUUGCAUAGAUGAUAGCAAAGGUAGCAAAUGUGUUAUUUCUGAAGUGUCAAUCAAACUGGUAGGCCUCAACUCAGUCUGGUCGAUAUAGUGAGGGAGAAUUAAAAAAACAAAAACAAAGUUGUGCAGUUUAAUACGAUAGUGAUGGUGUGCACGGGCGUAAUGUUUAUCACCAUUAUCAUCGAUCAAUAAUACUUAAGCAGAAUGGUGCGGACGCCGAGUCGUGGGUUGUGUCGUAGCGACGCAGGCGCAAUCUGCCGCUAAUUGGAUGACAAAUGUGCAGCGUUUCAAAGCACAACCACAAUUAGACUUUUACAGCCACACACAAGCGCCCAACGCUUGUAUUUAUGUAGUAGACAAAUCUCGACUCGUUGUUGUCUGGAUGUAUGAUUCGAUGUCACAGAGCAUGCUAGCUAAACACCUUUAGCGUUAGCAACUAUUUGUGUGGCGUACUGUACUGUUGGACACACCAAGACAAAUAAUGCCUUAAAUGCUGUAAUCUGGGUCACAUGGACUAUUUUCCAAACAAAUACGCAACUAUAGGAAGAGA